UUUUGCUUAUUUGGGGUUAUUACGUAAUGCUUUGAAGUAUGAAAAUAAAUAAUUGUGUGAAUUUGAGCAGUGCUAUAUCUAUAUACAGCAAGCAAGUUUGAAAUUUCUCAUAAACACGUGAGACGCUGCGUAUGAAGUCGCUUCUCGCGCAUACAUAAGCGCGUGUAAGGAAGUCGUAUAACGCAAUAAAAGGGUGAAAGAAACUUCUGUUUAGUAUAUAACGCGCGUCGUCCUUUCUCGACGUGCUUUUUGCCAGUCCAAGACACACAUGUCAACUUCGGCCUUAUCCUCUUUUUGGCUGUUCCCGUGAUCUUUCCACGGCCCGUCAGCCGUGAUACAGGCAAAAAAGCUGCCCCGCUUCUUUCUUUCUUUCUUUCUCUCGCUUUACAGACAUAUACGUAUGGCAGUCGAUGCCAUCGGACCGACCUUCGAAAUGAAGAAGAGCCACGCCGCGACGAUCUGCUUUAUGUUUAUUACCGAGUCGCGCUCGCGCGUUGGCGCCUAAAUUUCACAAGAUACUCACGGCGCGACGGCUCUGUUUAGUUCGCACGCGCGUUUAUCCAGGCUUCGCUCUGUCAUGUGUACGAUACGCAUUAGAUAUUAUGUGUAUGCGUGUCAGGGUCAGGCUUCGCUUAGCGCCUGGUGGCUGUGCUGGCGCACGGAUUACCAGCAGGCAGCUUGCGAGCUUUUCUUCUAUGUAUAAGUCUUAGAAUAUGAUUUAUAAGAAUAAAGAGCUCACCGUUACUAAUUUAAUAACAGCACAGAGCACAAUGAUGCAUCAAGAAUACGCUGACAAACAAUUCUCAGGAGCGGAAUACGCAAGAAGCUGUAAAUUCCCACUUUCAACGUACGCGGCGCAGAAGGCGCAUGGGAGCAGGCACCACUUCCGUCUUCUAAAAAUAACGUUUAUUCAAUUCUAUAAAAGCGUCUGCAAGGAGAAGUUUGAAAAAAAGAAAACAAAAUCAGCAUGGCCCGCACUUUUGAAAGGCAAAUGCUCAUAAUUCACCAGCGAGCUUUUUAGGUCAGUUUUUUCUUCCGCCGCGGCGCGCUCUUUCUCCGCGCUUUCGAACGCUCGCGCACUUCUCGAUCCCGAAGUCCGGUGUAACUGCGCGGAGAUACAUGGCGCAAAGACAGCCAGAGCAAGUCGCGCGCGCAAAGCUAAGGAGCUUUUUCAUUAUGCAUUUUCUGCGCUCGUAUGGCUGAACUUUUGAAGUUUCGACGAAGAUAAAAGAGGGAGCGCGCAUAAUUUUGGGUGAAAAAAAGUCGAAAGAGAGAAAAGGGGCGACUGUGUACCGCACAUACGGAACGAGCAUAGUGUAAGCAGCCGAAGACGCACAGAUGAGGAUGAGGAGCGCGAGAGCGAGCUGCGGGAGAGGGAAUUAAGGAGCCGGCGCGCGGGGAAGAGGGAGAGAAAGAAGUAGUUAGUAAGAAGAGCCCCGCCGCGGCGGCAGCGUGCUAGUUCGGCCGCGCCGGAUGACGAAAGAGGAUCUUUCCCCUUCGCGUACAUACACACGACUUGUCGUCGCGAACGUUUGCCGCUUCCCCCGCUCGCAUCUAUACAUUCUACAUAUGCGUGUAUAUGCGAGCCGCGCGAGGAUCUCUCCGUCAGUCUACUAUUAUCCGAGCUCUGCGCAGCGUCCCACUGCAGCUCCGCCAUCCACACACGCGCGACAGUAGACCGCCGGACUCUCUCUCUCUCUCUCUCUCUCUCUCUCUCUCUCUCUCUCUCUCUCUCCGUUCGUCUCUCUUCGAUCUGCAAGCUCCGAAGAGGAGAGCCAGCGAGACCGAGAGCGAGACGGUUGGGAGGACCGCCCGGGAGCGAACGAUCGGACAAGGGGAGAGGAUGCUGCUGCUGCGAGGAGACUUCUUCCUCGCGUCGCUGCUGACGCUGGCGGCUCUUCUGCUCCGAGGAACCGAGGGAAGCUCGGCCGAGGAGGACUACCUGGAGAAAUGUUGCGGCCUCGGCACCUCGUGGGCCAGCCAGAAGCUGCGCUGCGAGACGUUCACGGGCCCGGUCUCGGGAGUCGCCGUGGGCGAUCAAGCCGCCUGUCUCGAGACCGUCGAGAUCUGCUGCAGCAAAGCUUUCCAAGAGCGAGACUGCGAGCAGGGUAAAGCCGACGCCAAAGCUGGACUCGCCUGCACCCGCUCCGAGACCGGAGCCAGAAGGGCGCCCGUAGGACUCGGGGAUUUCAGGCGAGACUGCUGCGAGGGCUGCAAGCUAGGUAUCUUGACUGGCUCAAGUGGCAAGAGCUGCGUAUUCAAAAAGUUCAGUCUGGGCAUACCGUGGGACCCGGCCUUCGUGGAAUGCUGUAACGAGGCGUUGACCAGCACUACUCGAGACGCUUCGAGCACCAGCGAAAAGACGUCGCCGCCGACGAGCAGCACCGUCGAGACCACCUCCGUCGAGAGCGACGAGUUCGAGGAAUACGACUUUACCGAUCCCGAUUCGACCACUUUCAAGUCAGACGAUCUGUGCCAAUUGAUGAAAGGCCUGCUGUGCUCGGAAAUCUGCGUGCCGACUCCUGGCUCCUAUUACUGCGAGUGUCACGAGGGAUCCGCGUUACAAGCCGACAGGAGAACCUGCAAAUCCAACGCCACCACUACGGAGCCACAGACAAGCUCGGUUCCACCUUCCGACGCGACGACUCUGGCGAUCGACGAGAAAUCGACCUUCAAGACGCUCACCACUGCCGUCAAAUCGAGGUCCACCAGAUCCGCCCAGAGCGAGGACAACGAACUGAACUCGGCCUGCCCGUCUGGAUAUCGUUAUUCACCGGCCACCGAGGCCUGCGAGGACAUUGACGAGUGCGCCGCGGGCAACGAACGAGCGGGGCUUCCCUGCCCAGCCGGAAGCAGCUGCCUCAACACCAACGGCUCGUACGUCUGCGAGAAUCGCACCGAUCAGCGCUGCGAGCUCGGCUACCGAUGGAACUCGACCGUAGGACGAUGCGUCGAUGUGAAUGAGUGUUUGGAAAACGUUCACAAGUGCCUGCUAGACACGGAAAUUUGCAAAAACUUUGAAGGAUCUUACGAGUGCGAAGUUAAAUGCGAAAAGGGUUAUGCUUUUAACAGCGAUUACGCAGCUUGUCUCGAUAUAAACGAGUGCAACGAAUUGACGAACGCGUGUCUUCAGCCCGAUACCAUUUGCGUGAAUACGCAGGGGAGUUACGAGUGCAGGAGCUUGCGAGAAUACCAACAACAGCUAAACGAAUCGAGUCAAUUCGUUAACGGCUCGGACGCAAACAGGCGGCCGAACAAUUAUGACGGAGUUUACGAAGGCGACAUCGACGAGUGCCAAGUGCAUCAUCAGCCUUGCGCACCAGGUGAGAUGUGUCGCAACACCGCCACUGGCUACGACUGCAUCCCAGCCGCUGCCUACUGUCCCCGUGGUUUUGUCCUCGUCAACGACUCCUGUCAGGACGAGAACGAGUGCGAGCUAGGACUGCACUCGUGCACCCCCUACGAGCGCUGUCAAAAUACCAACGGCUCGUUUACCUGCGAAAAGCCCAGGCCCACGCGACCGCCUACCACCACGGAGGAGCCCAAGAUAUUCUGCCGCAAAGGCUUCAAGCCGAACAUUCGAACGGCAAGCUGCGUCGACAUAGACGAGUGCAUCGAGGGACCGGGUUGCAGGGACCACGAGAGGUGCUCGAAUUUCAUAGGCGGCUACGAUUGCUCACCGCUCUGCAGUCUUGGCUGGUACUUUGACUUUCACAGCAAAACCUGCCGAGACGUCGACGAAUGCCUCCUUGGACUUCACAAUUGCCGGCAGCGCACGCACUACUGCCGCAACACAAACGGCUCGUACGCGUGCGAGCCUCUGACGGCCUGCGAGUCCGGCUACCGUCGUGCCCAAAACGGCAGCUGUCUGGACAUCGACGAGUGCCUGGAAUCGCUGCACACGUGCUCGCGGGACUCGCACCGCUACUGCGUCAACCUCGAGGGCGGCUACGAGUGCAUAACCCGGCUGCCCUCCUGUCCCCGAGGCUUCGAGUACUCGCUGCUGACCCGGCAGUGCGAGGACCUCGACGAGUGUCGCCUCGGACUGGCUCUGUGCAACGCCAGGAUCAACGAGCGCUGCAUCAACCUGCCCGGCGGCUACAGGUGCGAGAGACUCAUCCCCGACGUCAGGGCCAUGAAGAAGCCCGCCUGCCCGGCUGGCUACCGCUACGACGCGGCUCUGAGGAGGUGCUCCGAUGUCGACGAGUGCGCCGACGGAAGUCACAACUGCGGCGAGCAGAAGUGCUACAACUUGCCGGGAAGCUUUCACUGCGCUCGAGCUGCUGUGCCAGUUUUGAGGAAGAAGACGACUACCACGAGCGCGGCCGUCAGAACUACCCCUGGGCUUGGCAAUUGCAAUGUUGGAUCCAGGUACGACCCAACGCGCGGCGGCUGCGUCGACGUGAACGAGUGCGAGGAGUUGGAAGACGCUUGCAGCAGCAACGAGAACUGCCUGAACACUCCAGGCAGCUUCCAGUGCACUUGUCUUCAGGGCUUCCGCCGGGACGAGUUGACACAGGCCUGCGUCGACAUCAACGAGUGCCAGCUGCAGAACGACUGCCUGGCCUCGCAGCGCUGCGACAACACGAUCGGCAGCUACACCUGCGUCAGGUUUCUGCCUUGCGGUACCGGCUAUACCUUGAACGCCGCCACGGAGAUCUGCGAGGACGACGACGAGUGCGUCCUCGGUACUCACGACUGCGGCAACGGCUAUCACUGCAAAAAUACCAUCGGCAGCUACAGAUGUAUCAAGGACCGGAAAAAGGAUAGUAGCACUACGCUCAGGCCGACCACGAGGAGAACCAUCAGGACGACUUGGGCGCCGCCUACCACUGCUUACGCCACUCCACGUUUUACAACUCCCAGGUUCACGACAACGACUACUGCCAGCACCACAACCACCACGACCACGCCGAGGCCCACGACGACCAGUAGAGCAAGAACUACGACUACGACCGAGCCUACGAGCACGAGCACGAGUAGACCGAAAACUACCACGACGACUACUCCAAGAAGGACGACCACUCGCUACGUUCCGACAACGACGACCGAAGAGAUACCCACCGUCGGCACUUUGAUCACAACCCAGCGCAGGCCGAAACCCAGCCUAGCCGCGAUACCGAAAGUCAUUUGCCAAAGUGGAUUCGAAACUGGUCCGGUCGGUCAGUGUAUGGACAUAGACGAAUGUCACCGAAACCGGAAAAUCUGCGGCAACCAUCGUUGCAUAAACACUAUCGGAUCCUACAGAUGCGCGCCUUGGCUGACUUGCGGAUUUGGCUACGCUCCCGACGCCGCCUCAGGCCAAUGCAAGGACGUCGACGAAUGCGCCGAGGGUACGCACAAGUGUGGCCCCGAGCAGACGUGCGAAAACAGGCAAGGCGGCUACGUCUGUUUCUGCCCACGAGGCUACGAGGUCGGCAGCAACCACGACUGCGUCGACGUGAACGAGUGCGAGCGCGCUCCCCCGGGUCGCAGCGCCUGCGGCAGCAACGCUCGCUGCGUCAACAGCCCCGGCUCCUUCCGCUGCCUCUGCGAUCCAGGCUUCGAGAACGAUUCGAGCGGCGCCUGCCAGGACGUCGACGAGUGCCGCCUCGAGUCCGGCGCCUGUCAGCAAGAGUGCUACAAUACCUGGGGUGGCCACAAGUGCGGCUGCAGGUACGGCUACCGUCUCAAAUCCGACAACCGCACCUGCGAGGACGUCGACGAGUGUACCGAGUUCAAGGAGGAUAAUCUCUGCAUCGGUAUCUGCGACAACACCCCUGGAAGCUACGCCUGUCGCUGCCCCGAGGGCUACAAGCUGGGCGCCGACGGACGCACGUGUCAGGAUAUCGACGAGUGCUCCACUGAAGGCAUCUGCAAGGCCGGAGAGAUUUGUCAAAACACUAGAGGUGCUUUCAGAUGCAACAAGAUCAACUGCCCGGCUGGCUACGUGAACGACCCCCAGAGAAAAAACCGAUGCGUGCGCGCGAGCCCGUACUGCCCGGUGAACGACCUCGCCUGUUUCCAGCGCCCGGCCCACUACACGUACAACUUCAUCGCGAUAGUGUCGAUGUACCCGAUCCCGGCGAAGACUGGCCAGGUCGAGCUCUUCACGAUGCGCGGCGCCUACAACAUGCCAGGCUCGACGGUGCGCUUCAGCAUCGGCUUCAUUCGAGCUCGAGCGCCGCCCCAUGUGCUGCCGGCCACCGAGUCCUGCUUCGCCAUGCGACGACCCUACCCCAGUCAGGCUGUCCUGGUCAUGGUCCAGAGCCUCCAGGGACCCCAGGAUAUCGAGCUCGAGUUCUCCAUGGAGAUAUACACUCCUAACGGCGCGUUCGCCGGAAGCGCAGUUGCCAAGAUCUUCAUCGUCGUCACGCAAUACGAGUUUUAGGAGCAAGACUAUUUUCUGCUGUAGUAGGGGAGGGGCUCCUUUGACAUCUCUUCGUUCCCCUCGAGAGCUUUAUCGACUUAUAUGCAUUAGUAUCUCGCGGGAGGGAUCCUUUUGUAUAUACAUGUCUCGGACAACGCUGUAUCUGUAUUAAUCCGCGAUUCUCUGCAGUGCCUUCGUCAACUUAUAUGCCAAAAAGAAUUUUUACCUUAAACUUAUACUUACAUUGUAUGCUGAUUAUCAACAAAGUGUAUUUGUAACAAUCUGGGAUACUUGGAUACAUCUAUUAGUCUAUAAGGUUAACUGUAAUUCCGUAGAUAUAAGCAGUGCCUUUAUUGUGGCAUGCAUUUCUUAUUUUAUAAAUACAUAUUGUUAUUAUUAAUUAUAAUAUUAUGUGCGUUAUUUUAAAUUAAGAAUAUACUUAACACGUGUAGUGCUUUUCGUAUUGCAUUUUAGUAUGCUCAAUUUAUAUUAUGUCCAAUACUUUAGUGAGUAGCACGAUUAACAAAAAAAAGACCAUAUUCUAAAUAUUAAUUUUAACAGACCCUAAAUAACGUUUAGAUGUACUAUCCGCGAGACAGACUUCAAGUUUAUCAAACAUUAUUCUACUCUACUGUAUUUGUGCUCUAAAAAUGGCAAAUUAAAAUAGAUUAACGUUUUUAAAUUGUGCUAGUCUUCGUACCUGGGAGCAACAAUAUUUCACACUUUAUAAAAACAUUUCGCAAUCAACUUUAAACCUAUAUUUUAACAUUCCAAUAACAAAGUACGACGAAUCAACAAAAAAAUCUGGAAAUAUUCCGGAUUGGAAUAAUUCAUUUUUAAAUUUAGUUACAUAUAAUUUUUUCCUAAUGCGCUUGCCAAAUUAUAACAAUUCAUAUUAUUGUAGUACAUUUUUUGUGAUACAAUACAAAUCAUAAAAUUA